ACUUCAAGCAGUUGACUUUAGAACGCUUCUCACACGAGAACGCGUACAAAUUUCCCACACAAGUUUUUCGCGCAUACAAAACGGUACAGAUAUACACAAAAAAAAAAAUAAUUCAACGCACGCUCGACUAUAUUAUAAUAAAACAUAUUUUUAUAUACGACAAGCGGCGGAAAAUUUGGAAAAAUAUCACAAAAAAGCGGUGUUUGAAAAAGCAAUUUUAACAAAGAAAUUUUCGAAGAAAAAGUGUGAAACAAGUUUUCAUCCAAAAAUUUCUUAAGCAAGUGUAUUCAUCUGCGAAUUCGAAUCAUAAAAUUCCGAAACAAAUCAACUAGAAAUAACUGCAUGCGAUCCUAUCAAAGUCAAAUUGAGUUGGUCGAUAGAUUUACGUCAUCGGCGCCUGUUGAUUUUUUAGCUUUCGGCUUUCCACACACAAGCACAUGUUUUAGUGUGCCAACUCGCUCGCUCAAUCGUUCAGUCUAACGCCGAAAGCGUAGUAGAAAAACGUGCGCGUGUGCUAUUAUUAAACCAAGUAGAUGCGAAUUUAGAAAACUUGCGCCGAAAAGUAACACUUUUUUUCACAAAAAAACAACAAAAAAAAGUAAAAAGUUAAUGAAAAAUCACUUCAAAGCAAGGAAAAUUGUCAACUGAAUUGAAAAAGAAAUAAAAAAAAAUUUUAUAUACAUUACUGUGCUAUAAAAAUUGUGCACUUAAAGUGUUAUUGCAGUAAUUGCAAGCUGAAAUAAAAGUCUUUUUUGUCGUCAUUUGCACAAGGAUAACAGCAAAAACGGCUGCCGCCACAGGAACCAUGGUGAAGAAUAGGCGUUUUGAAAAAGCACCCAUUAUCGGGACCCGACAUAUACAAUGUUUCCUGUGUUUCUGCUGUCUUUCAAUAUGCUACGCGUUGCGCGUCAACCUCAGCGUGGCCAUUGUUGCUAUGACGGAUCGGAAUUCCACGAAUGGUGAUCUUAAGGUCUAUGAUUGGAAUGAAGGCACCAAGUCGUAUGUGUUGAGCAGUUUCUUCUGGGGCUACAUCAUAACACAAAUACCCGGUGGACAUAUUGCCCAAAAGUAUGGUGCGAAAAAUUUGCUCUUAAUAGGCAUUACGCUCUGCUCCAUACUGACACUACUCACCCCUUUGGCUGUUGAAUUUGGCGGUUGGCAAUUGCUCUUCGCUUUACGUGUUGUUCAAGGUCUGCUGCAGGGCUCAGUACAUCCGGCGACACACGCUAUGCUAGCUAAAUGGUCGCCCGUCGAGGAACGUGGCGCAUUAAGUACAUUCUGUUAUUCCGGCUCACAAUUCGGCACCGUUGUCAUAUUGGCUAUAAGCGGUGUAAUAGCUGAAUCAGCACUCGGUUGGCCUGGUAUUUUUUACAUCUCCGGCGGUUUGGGUGUCCUUUGGGGUAUUUCAUGGUUCCUAUUUUCGGCUAGUACACCAGCAGAACACAAAACAAUCUCACUGGAAGAGCGUAAAUUCAUUGAAAACUCUUUGGGCCAAGUUGAUUCAACACCACGAACAGUAGGGCCAACACCGUGGACAAAGAUCUUCACCUCACCAGCAUUCUUAUCAUUGAUUAUCGUACAUUGCACACAUAUGUGGGGCUUCUGGACGUUGUUGACACAAAUUCCCACCUACAUGAAAAAUAUACUUGGAGUGGAUAUGAAGAAUAGUGCCUUAUUAUCGUCACUGCCCUAUGCCGUUAUGUGCCUGCUGAGUUUCUUCUUCAUCUAUCUAUCGAAAGUGUUGGCACGCCGUGAAAACGUAUCGCUAUCAUUUAACCGCAAAUUCUUCAAUUCCAUCGGACACUGGAUACCAAUGAUCUCACUCAUCGGCCUCGGCUAUGUUACGCAAGCACAUGCAAUGCUCGCAGUUGUGUUGCUUACACUCACGGUGGGCAUUAGCGCUGCAACAUAUCUAGGCUUCCAAGUGAAUCACAUCGAUCUAUCACCAAACUAUGCCGGCACUCUGAUGGGCAUCACUAAUGGUUCGGCGAAUGUAAUGAGCGCCUUGGCACCACUAGCUGUUGGUCUAGUUGUCACCGAUGUGACAAAUGUGAUCGAGUGGCGUAUUGUGUUCUUCAUCGCUGCUGGUUUUUACUUCUUCGGUAACUUGCUCUUUGUCAUAUUUGGUAAAACCGAAGUGCAAAGUUGGAACUCGCCUGAAGAUGCCUUAGCCAAACGUUUGAAUGUGGUGGACGCAGAAUCACCUGCGUUACUACUGAACGGCGAUGCGAAAAAGGUAACAAUCACAGAGAUUGGCAAGCAAUAGAACAAAGCGUUCGCAAGGACACGUUGGUCCUUUACUUGUAGUUGUAGUUCAUUAAGCACACAGAAGACCUCCUAGUUGAUAGAAUAUAAUGUAUGUAUGUUAAGGCUCUUAUGAAUGAUUCCGGUUGUUCGUGUCGUGUGCAAUGCACCACAUUGUUGUUUUUGUUUGCAAUUAAAUGCAUUUGCACGUGCGUCCUGCGAUAAAAUAAUUUAUAUAUUUUUAAAUUUUUAAGUAGUUAUGUACUAUACAUAGUAGACAAUAGGUAUAUUAUAUAAUCUAAAUGGAAUGCGUUCAAGAGUUAAGACAAUGAAACGCUCUAUAACGCUUUGUACAUACAUAUGCUAGUAACUCAGUCACGAAUAUCGAAAUGUCCUUAAAUAGCGCUGUAAAGCCAAAUGAAAAAAAAAAAUAUUAAUAGAAAUACAUAUCAAGUCACAACAGUGCUUCCAAAUGCAAGCGCAUUAAAAUCAGGCAAAAAUAAAUAAAGAAAAAAGUCAUAAACAAACAUACACACGCUAACGAUAUUAUAUUUUUAAUGAAAAAUUUUAGUGCAACAAUUAAAAAAAAAAACACUUAAUAUUAGUUACAAUUAAAUUAAGACUAAGAAAUUUUUAAUUAAAUUUUGUAUACAGUAUUUAAAUAAAAUGUGUGUAAUUUGUAAUAUGGAAAUCCAUGAAAUUCGGUGAACAAUUGGCGAAAGUAGCUUUGAUGAAAGUGUUGAGCGAGAGAAUGUUGUCAAGUAGCGAUAACAGUGAUAAUAUUAUACUAUUGAUAGUUUUUACGUUUUUUUUCAAAUAAAAUGCAAUAAUGAAAUCAAAUUACAUCACAUUAAAGCUUAGAGUA